AAUCAGUUCAUUAAUUGCCAAAAAGAGAGUUCCAUAAUUAUUUGGCUUUGGCUGGAGUUGGCUUCAGGGAUUUGGGGUAGAGAAUUGUUAAUAAACCUGAGGCCACUCUCAGCCUUUUGCAGGUCAAAAGGUUGGAACAAAAAAAAAUUAUAUGGGAAAAAUAAACAGAAAUAGUCCCUUAUUUUCUUUCUUUUUCUUGAUCUAUUGGGUAGCCAUUCCUACCCUCCAUGCAAAUGUGUUAGAGAAUGAAACGUAUUGGAAAGGGCAUGCCAGUGAAUUUGAUCAGUAUUGGCAUGAAAGAGCCAACGAAGCUGAAAAAGUCAACAAGGAAGAAUUUCAACCUAACCCCUAUGAUGUCGUAGGCAACCUCACCGCUAGUGUUGAUAGAAUGCUGCUUAGCACAGGGGAUGAAGGGAGGAACUUGAGACAGCGUAUUGGCCUUCAUGAAGGUCCAUGCUUGGCAACCAAUCCAAUUGACAGGUGCUGGAGAUGCGAUCCCAACUGGGCGAACAACCGCCAGAAGUUGGCUGAUUGUGCACUAGGCUUUGGGAAAGGCACAACUGGUGGAAAGGGUGGUCGUUACUAUGUGGUAACAGAUCCCUCAGAUAAUGAUAUGCUUAAUCCCAAAGAAGGUACCCUUAGGCAUGCAGUUACAAGGAACGGUCCUUUGUGGAUUAUCUUUCAACGCAGCAUGGUGAUUAAGCUGCAGCAGGAGCUGAUUAUGAGUGGGGAUAAGACCAUUGAUGGCAGAGGAGCUAAUGUUAUAAUCACCGGAGGGGCUGGCAUUACCAUCCAGUUUGUCAAGAAUGUGAUCAUUCAUAACAUUAAGAUCUUCAACAUAGUGUCUACCAGUGGUGGACUGAUUAGAGAUAGCGAAGACCAUUUUGGUUUGAGGACAAGGAGCGAUGGUGAUGGUAUUUCAAUCUUUGGCUCCAGCAAAAUCUGGAUUGAUCAUGUCUCCAUGAGCAAUUGCCAAGAUGGACUCAUAGAUGCCAUUAUGGGAUCCACUGCCAUCACCAUCUCCAACGGCCAUUUCACAAAGCACAAUGAGGUGAUGUUGUUUGGCGCCAGUGACAGCUAUGCAGGAGACCAGAUUAUGCAAAUCACAGUGGCAUUCAAUCACUUUGGUCAGGGACUAAUCCAAAGGAUGCCGAGAUGCAGGUGGGGUUUCGUUCAUGUGGUUAACAAUGACUACACUCAUUGGGAAAUGUACGCCAUUGGUGGCAGCCAGCAUCCUACCAUCAUCAGUGAGGGUAACAGAUUCAUAGCCCCGAAUAACAUGUUUGCCAAAGAGGUGUGCAAGAGAGAGUACUCACCACAGGAAGUGUGGAAGAACUGGCAAUGGAGAUCAAUCAACGACCUCCUCAUGAACGGAGCGACGUUCGCAGAAUCUGGGACUCAGCUUCCGGUGGGGACGCGUGACAUGCUCAAGGGCAAGCCUGGAUCAUACGUCUCAAGACUCACACGCUUUUCCGGAAUGCUCAAGUGCAGAGUGGGUCGGCCCUGCUAAUUAACCUCCGCCAUAUUUGAAUGUCUCUGCAGCGAGCAGCUUUGGCAAAUGAGACCAAGACGAAGAAGAAGAAAGAGCAGGCAAGGCGGAGCUCACCGAACUGUGAUCGAUCCUCUAUAUAGUGUCUAAUUUUGUUGCCCCUAGUUUUUUUUACUUAGCAAAAAAAAAAAAAAAAAAAGAAAUAUGUGAAUUGAAAAUUUUAACAACUGGGCUCUCACAUCACACCAUCUCUACCUUGUACUAUCUAUCUAUAUUCACGUCUACAUUGAACACCCUUAUCACAAUAUGAUUUUUAUGAUAUUGAAAUUAUAUA